AGCAGUCGAUCAAUCGGCCAAGAAAAGAUGCAGAUCUUCGUCAAGACCCUCACCGGGAAGACAAUCACGCUCGAGGUCGAGAGCAGCGACACCAUCGACAAUGUCAAGGCCAAAAUCCAGGACAAGGAAGGCAUCCCUCCGGAUCAGCAGCGUCUGAUCUUCGCCGGGAAGCAGCUGGAGGACGGGCGCACCCUGGCCGACUACAACAUCCAGAAAGAGUCGACGCUGCACCUGGUGCUCCGUCUCCGGGGCGGCAGCCGGGGCCAGUACAUCAUCCUCGACCCCAACCUGCUGCAACUCGCGCUCAAGUACAGGGAGAAGAAGAUGAUCUGCCGCAAGUGCUACGCGCGCCUCCCCCACGGCUCCAGCAACUGCCGCAAGAAGAAGUGCGGCCACAGCAACGAGCUCAGGAAGAAGAAGAGGUUCAUCGACAAGACCACCAUGAUCUGAAGAAAGAAAGCACAAGAUAGAUUUCGUUCCAUAUAUAUAUUAGCUAGCUUAUUACAGUACGUUCUAUAGCAAGACUUUUUUUUUGUUGACAAGACUAUUUGUCUAAAGUAUUGGACCUUUUAUAAUUAAUAAGUACAGUAUA